AUGAGUUGGCUGGUGUCUUCGUUCUUGGAGGAGCAAGAACGCCCGGUGGAACCGAGAAGACUUCUCCGAUGCCCGAUCAUCCAGUAUGGUUCCCGACAGGACAAGUAUGGAAGUGUUGGGGACCCCACGACAUCACCACCUCGACCACCACCACCACCACCACCACCACCACCACCACCUCACCCACCACCACCACCACCACCUCACCCACAACAACAGGACUCUCGGACGACUGCUUCGCCGAGUGCCGACUCGGAGAUGGUGAGUCCGCCCUCCUCUCUCGUUUCGCCGCGUCGCCGACGCCCACCGACCCACCGACGUCUUUCUCUGUUGCUAGUCUACAGCUACCCGCACUCGAGUAACUGCAGCUGGUACCACGUGUGCCACGACACCAUCGUCGUGGACAUGUUCUGCUCGGCGAACUUGUGGUUCGACCCCGUGACGUGCAGUUGCCGCUACCCGACUGAAUUCGGCGAACUGGGUGAGAACGGCUGUCCCCCGAGGGGCUGCUGCCAGGAAUAG